AUGAAUGCCCCAAGAGUAUCACAGAGAUACGACCAAAGCUCCCUCACAUUAACCAACGACCACGGGUGAGCCGUUUGAAUCUUUGAUCAGCGGUGAGACGCCCAAAGUCUCAACAGGGACUCACCCCGAGAUUGCCCCAGCGGCACCCCUCACACCACUGAGAUCUCAUUGCCCCACCAGGGAGACGUUUCGGGCUGGAAGACCUCGGGCCCCACGGCAUGACCCGAACCGGAGCAGUUCCCUUACAAAGGCCCUAAAGAAAACCUACCACCAUACAAGUGCUGCAAGGUACACCCAGCGUUUACCCAACCAAAGCAACCAAUUGACACACCCUGCGGGCCAAACCGGACUACCUACCUGCUUCCUCCGCACACCGAGCCACCAUGGACCAUUAUGGCCCGAAGACAUAACGCUGCAUACUGGGGUCACCGCAGCCCCCUCUACAGGAAACAGAUGA